GGUAAAUCAGCUGCUGGUGAAACUUGUAAAGGAGUAGUAGGUACACUACGACCAGUACCACCAUCUUCUAACUGAGUAAGAUCCAUUCGUGUAUCAUCCAUGCUUUCUUGAAUGACUUGAGCUACACCGGAACUAGAUGAUCCAAAUAUUGUUCGAGUUGCUGAACCAGAAGGAGUUGAUAACGAAGGAGUUGACGAUGCUGUUGUUGGUGUAGACGAAUCUCCAAAAGCUUCAGUCUUUGCUUGUAAAUCUCGAGAUGUAUCUCGAAGUGGUACUACUUCUUCAGAAAGUGUUGCUACUUUUGCAGUGAGCUCUGAAACUUUUGCACUUAAAUUAUCUCUUUCCUCUCUUAGAAUUCUAUUAGAAUCUGUGAUGGCAUUUAAUGUCUCAACUUUCCGCAAUAACUCUGCAUGUUUGGACGUGAGUCAUAUCACGACUUCGAAUUUCUUCUGUUUCUGCUAAAGCCUGACAUUUUGCAGCAACAGCAUUUUGUAACUGAGUUCCCAAAGAAGAUAGUUCAGUAUGCAUUCUUUCAAUUUCUGUAUCUCGUCUUUCAACUUGUAGUUGCAAUGUAUCCCUUUCAUCCACAACUGUAUCUCUAUGCCUACGUUAUGUAAAUAAUCAUUAUUAUAUCAAACAAACAAAACUUUUAUACACAUUAAAAAUAUGUACCUAUGUUAAUUAUACAAAUAACAGAACAUAUUCAUGUAUCAAACUAUGCUAUUAUAUAGAUCAAUUCAACAAAAGGAAUAUUGUAAUUACACAAAGCAAAAAUGAUCUUUCAUACUUAUCAAUUUAUAAUAAAAGAUUCUGUACAAAAAUACUACCAAAGAAGUCUAAUGUAUUUGGAGAUCUUUCAUAUGAUGACUAUGAAAGAACUGAAAUGGAUGAAGCGGAAAAAAAAGAAGAAAAAAUUAUGGAGAAUGUAUUUUCAAAAAAACAAAGAUUCACUCAUAUACACUAUGUUAAGCUUAUUAAAAGUCAUUUAAGUAAUAAAAAUUUGCAAUUGGCUUUAAAUGUAUUAACUAUAAUGAAAGAGAAUCAUGAUAAACCUGAUUUGUAUAUAUAUAGACUGUUAAUUUCUGCUUUUGCUCAGCAAGGUGAUGUCAAACAAUGUUUUAAAUUAUUUAAAAAAUUAAGAGAAAGAGGUUUUAUUCCUACUUCAACUGUGUAUAAUAGUUUGAUGCAUGCUUGUGCUGAGUCAAAGGAUACUGAAAUAGCAUUAAAAUACUUGACAUUUUUACGGGAACAUUUCUAUGUAAAAAAAAUAAAUUUAAGUGAUAUAAAUUAUGCAACUCUUAUUAGAGCUUAUAAUCAACAUAAACAAACUUUAACUGCUUUUGAAAUAGCAGAUGAAGCAAAAGAUAAAGGCAUUUAUACACAGGAUAUAAUUGCUGCUUUGUUUAAUGGGGUAAUAAAUGAUACAAAAAAUGGAUUAAAACACUGUUUAAUUUUGUGGCAUAAGACGAAAGUAAGCAAAAUAAAACCAACUAUAUUUCACUAUAAUCUUCUCUUAAGGGCAAUCAGAGACACAAAGUUUGGUGAUUUAAAAGUAAAUGAUAUUAUAGUACCAGAAUUAAUAAACACUAAAAUUCAAUUCAUUGAAACAGGAAGACCAGAUUUAUUAGAUUCUCCACCAGUAUUAACUACUUCACUUAUUUCAUAUUUUCAUAUACCUAAGAAGCAUAAUUAUUGUAUCCCAAAUGAAAGUUCUAAAUGGCAAAGAGAGCUAGAUACAAUUGAUAAAAAUUCAUUAUUAUCCUUAAAUUUAAAUAACAUAUUACAAGAAAAUCGAUUGCUCUUAUUUGGUGGAGUUGAUAAGUUAUUGAAACAUAUGAAAGAUGAUAAUGUGCAACCUGAUGUAAAGACAAUAACAUUACUCUUAGAUUUAAUUCCACCUACAAUAGAAGCAGAAGAAGAUUUUUUUAAAUAUAUUGUUAAAAAUAAACUACAAAUUGAUAUAAGUUUUUUUAAUAUGCUUAUUAAAAGGAGAUGUUUAAGAAAGCAAUACAAAGAUGCUACAGAAGUAAUUAAUAAAAUUCAAACUUAUCAUAUGAUACCAAAUAUUGUUACAUUUGGAGUAUUAGCAAUUGGAUGCAGAAUGGAAAAAGAUGGAAGAGAACUUUUAGAACAGUUAGAUACUAUUCAUUGUGCACCUAAUUAUGUGAUUUUAGGAACAUUAUUAUUUAAUGCAUGUAGUACUAGAAAUUGUUCUUAUGCAUUAUUUUUAAUGCAGUAUACAUUGAAGAAUCAAAUUAGGCCAUCGCAAGAUAUGUUGAAUAAUUUGGAAAAAUUUGAUAGAACAAUGUUGGAAAUUGUUAGAAAUAAGGAUAAAUACAGACAUAAAGCAAUUAAUAAAAUUAUGAAAGAUUAUAAUAAUUUUAAAAUAAAAUAUGAAGAUUGGAGAACCAAAAUACAAAAUGAUAUGAGACAAAAGUAUACGAAGUGUACUUUGUAAUAUAUCAGAUUCAAAUUUUGUACUAGUUGCUAAUAUAUCAAUUAAUGCAGCUAAAAUAGAUAAAAGUGGUUCUUUACUCGGUACUGAAUGUGUAAGUUUCUUUUCAAAUGGUUCACUGUUAUCUUCUUGCAUAAGACUUAGUGUACAAUCGCACAAUGUUUCAAAGAUAUCUAAAAUUUCAUAUUGCAUUCGAAUAUCGUUCGUAUUUUUAAGUACCACACACAUCAUUUCAAUAACAGGUGGAUAUUUUUGGUCAGAUUUAACUUGUGCUCUAGAUGCAGGACUGGUUAAAGUUAACAAAGUAGCUUUCAUAGGUGCGUGUCUUGCAAGUUCACUAAGUAAAACAAGAAUUAAAACAUUACUUUCUAGCGGUGUGGCAGCUAUUACACCAUCUAAUAAACAUCUACCUACAAGUAAUGCUGUAGGUGCUGCUAAAUCACUUAAUUGUUUACAUACUUUUGAGAGAAGUACUAAUAAAUCUUUAUUCCAACUUGCACAAAGUAGUCGUAAUGUUUCAGUUAAGUUAUUAGCUUGCGCUUGCAAGUGUGCAGACCAUAAUUUUCUAAAGCCUAAAACUCGGGUAGCAUCUUCGGUCAUUGUUUCUUUUAAAGUUAAAACAGGUGGCAAUAAACUUGUUAAAAGUUUUAAGCCAGGUAUAAAAUUACAUGGGCUUAGAGAAACCAUCUUGAGGACUUCACCUAACAUUUGUGUCCAUAAUGAUUUUGCUACAUUUCCUGAUCCAUCUGAAUCUACAGCCUGUGUAAAUACUAAAAGUGUUCCUACUAUCUCUUCAGAUAAAGUU